UUUUAACAUAAGUACACAGAUAUGUCGGCCAAUGAUAUAUUGGAUGUAUUGAACAUUCAAAGGGAUAAUUCAGGGCAGCCAUCAAAAAAGAAAGCCAAACAUGGGAAUGAUAGCACUAACUUACAAGCUCGGCAAACGGGUAUGGCUCGGGAAUUGUACAAUCUAUUGGGCCCAAACACACCGCCCGUGAACCUAACAAACGCUAAUAAUAAUGUUGGCGUUAAAGACAGAUGGAAAUCUAAGGCUACACCAUGGACACUUAAAGACUUCAAGCCCAAAUCAGGUGAUCCAUUAACGUUGUACCAUUGGGUACGUGGCUCAAAAGAAUUAUUGGAACAAGACAAUAUUCAAGUACAACAACCAUAUUUCUUCACUAAGUUCAGCACCAAUGUUGAUAUACCUGAUUUUGUUGAUGAAGAGACUUUCAAUAAAUAUAUGGAGGAUAUUGAGGUAGAGGAGAGAAAAAAUAGUGAACUAUGGGAAGAAAGAAGAAUGGAAAAAGAACGCCAAAGACAAGAAAAACUAGCCAAAGAAAAGGCAGCAAGAGACAACGAAAAAAAAAUCAAAGGAGAGAAAGGAGAAGUCACAGGAAUUUCGGAGAGCAAGAAAGACGCGAGCUCGGAAGUCACCUCUCAAGAGGAUGGAUCACAAUCUGAAAUAUCCAAAGAAUCGACCCAAGCACAAUCAGAAGAGGCAUCUGUAAUUCCUGAAUCUAAAACAAAUGCAAUACCUUGGACUUAUAAGGAAACUAAGCACCUUUUUGAAUUGUGUAACUCAUUCGAAUUGAAGUGGCAUAUUAUACUCGAUAGAUACGAAUAUUCAAGUCACCGUUCCUUGGAGGAUUUGAAAGAACAGUUUUAUCGAGUUUGUAAACGCAUUUAUUCGGACGACGCAAAUGGAAAUCCAGCGCUCAUUGAUUCUCUUGGGUCAUUCUCAAAGAGCAAGGAGGUUGAAAGAAAACAAUAUUUGGAAAGAUUGUUAAAGAGAACUCCUGCUGAAAUUGCUGAAGAAGAGUCUUUGGUGAUUGAAGCACGCCGUUUCGAAUUGGCUGCUAAAAAAAUGCUCGUGGAAAGGUCUAACUUGUUGACCUUGCUUGAUUCCCCUCAAACCUCACAGUCUGUCCAACAAUAUCAGUCUUCUCAAGGCUUGACUAACCUCUAUAAUAACUUGAUGAUUAUGGACAAAAAUCAGAAAAGGCGCCAAUUACAAAAUCAAUCUUCUCCGAGUCAUGAUCCUAUUCCACCUCCCAUACCGCUUGCUGCCUCUUCCUCAAUUCGGAAAGAGCGUACAUUCCAGACACAUUUGCAACAGCACUUAUCGAAUCUUGUUAAACAAAACCAAAGCCAAGGUAACAAGAACGAAAUUUCUGCUAUCCAUAAAUUGCUCAUGAAGCGACUUACUGCAAAAGAAGAAGAAGCCUACGGUCUUCACUAUCAUGCUAACGAAAGGUUAACUCCUGGCGUCAUACUUCGAUCUUCACAAAGACUACCUGGCUUACAGCAAAGACAAUCUGUUCUUAAAUCAGUUACUAGUGUCUUUACUGAGCUUGAUAUACCUACUGCUGGAGGUACCUCUUGGAGGCCCGUUAUGCCGACGAGGAAAGCAAUGGCAAAAUAUGAUGAAUUAUUAAGGGCCGUAGUAGCUCUUUUGGAGGUGAAGAAGGGUCGCGAUAAGUUGGAAGCUGAAAUCCAGUUGAUCAGAAGUCAAAAGGGAUUAGAAUAAUAAUUAAGUAUACUAUUAGUUAAAUAAUCGAUUCUCAGUUCUUCAUGCUCUUCAUUUCUUUAUUGAAAUGAAAAAUCAAAGUAGAGAGUUUCUGACAAAGCAUUGUCAGCAGCCAAAACCCUUAAAUGACCGGCAUAUUCUUGAGGGUCGUACCUUUCAUGAUCAGGUUUCAAAAGAUGCUGUUCCAUUGGAAGAAGCAAGUCUUUUGAAUUGUUCGAAAUGUCCAGAAACAAAAAGGAAGAAUAUGCUUUGUCAAGGACAGGCAUUUUCUGUGCACUGGGUAAAGCGUAAUCAAGCAACAGUUUCUCUAUUGCUUUUUUGAUGAAUUGGUGAUCUUUGUAACCAUCAAAUAUUAAAUAGGCCUUGCCCAAAAUACUGUAAGUCUGACAAAGUGCUUUCAAUUGAUAGUUUCUUAACACGUUGGCAAAUCGACUACCCCAAUGAGAAUAGCAUAGCGAAGUCAUGUCUUCGAGCAGAAGGACGAAUCUCGCAAACUCUCUACUAGUGACAUCUAUCUCGAACGAGUCUAGUUUUAGAGACAAAAAAUCCAACAAAAUGGAAAUACAUAACCAGUAUUCCAAUUGAUUUAUGGUAAUUGCCUUCAUGUAGAUACUGACUAGAUGAAAUAGUGAGUUCCAAAUGCCGGUUUCUGUGUACUGGUUCAAUGUUGCAAAAACAUCCUUUUGGUACACUAUACUGGAAAUAAAUUCCUUAUGCAAUACAACUAGUUUUUUGACUAAUGGCAAACCCUUCCAUUUUAUUUGAUUAGCUGAAAUGGGGGUUACAUCCAACUUAUUAGCCAACUCUUGAUAUAUGGAGAGAGUUCCUACAAGUUCAGUUGCAUGAACCUGAAGAAAUUCAACGUUUCGCUUGCAGAAUUCAACAAACUUUGAUGAUUUGAAAUACCUAUCAUAUUCUUCAUUCAAAGCAUCCAUGAAUGAACAGAUCAAGUUAACCUUACUUUGCCUCAGCAUUGCUCCUUCCACUAAAUUGGACAAC